GGGACGGAGCGGUCCCGGGGACCUGCACCCGGGGCAGGACCCCAGCAAAGGACCGAGGCCACCAGCUGGGGGACGCGGCCCGGGGCAGCGGGACAGAGCCCUGCAUCUAGGUAUAGGUGUCUGCCCCUUUCCCCUCACCCCUUGCCUUGCCUCUAGGGAAGCGGAAGGUCCACUACCUGUUCGAGGAUGGGAAGGAGAUGGCCGAAGAGUACGACAUGAAGAGUGGUCAGUUAGUGAGUAGAAAAUGGCGAGAGAAGAACACCCUUGGGGGCUCUGGGAAGUGGCAGGUUGAAGUGGGAGAGCCAACCUCGCCGCUGCUGGGAGCACUGGAAUCAGAGCUCAUAAAGGAAAGCAGCUCCAAUCCUGUCUUCAUGAGGAAGGAUACCCUGAGCAGCUUCCAGUGGCGGAUCCGUAACCUGCCCUACCCCAAGGAAGUCUACAGCGUCUCUGUGGAGAAGGAGCAGCGGUGCUGUGUCAUCCGGACCACCAACAAGAAGUACUACAAGAAGUUCUCUAUUCCUGACCUGGACCGAUACCAGCUCCCCUUGGAUGCAGCUGCCCUGAGCUUCACCCAUGCCAACAACACCCUGAUAAUCACGUACCAGAAGCCGAAGGAGAUCCUGGCUGCAGAAGAGCAGCUGCAGAAGGAGCUGAAGAAGAUAAAGGCAGCUAACAAUGAGGAGGGCGACUGUAAGACCCAGUAGGCAGUGGCUGCUCAGAAGCUGAGGUGGGGGGUGGCUCUCUGUCACAGCUUCCUGGUAUUUAUUUUGCCUUUUCUAAUAAAAGUUAGUCCUGUUGUUAA